CCAAUGUUCUCGCUCCCUUCCCAUUCCACCUGCCUCGGCUCACCUCCGAGCCGGAUCCCGUAUAAGCAACCCUCGGGCCAAUGCCGACCCUCGAGUCAUGAUCAGUGUGCGAUGCGUGCACGGAGAAACCUCGGCAUUGUGGUCAAAUAGUGGAGAAACAUCACACCAGUGAGCCAUGGAUCGCACGAUACAAAUGCCGAGAUGAAGAGUGAGCAGAGGAGGACAUGCCAUCUCGACGCCAGCAUGAUUGAAGCGAUCUACAUCUGUCGCCACGGCUAUCGAGCCAACUGGGACGACCCGUCGAUAACGACGUCUGUUACGGGUACAUAUCAGGACCCCCCGCUGGCGAAGCGUGGGCUCGAGCAGGCACAGCACCUUGCGCUCCACCUUACCUCCGACCGGCGCACCCCUGAUCUCCUAUUCUCGUCGCCAUUUUACCGCUGCCUGCAGACUAUCGAGCCACUGGCUGGCUUGACCGGGCUCCCAGUUCACGUUGAGGCGGGAAUAGGCGAAUGGUACACCCCCGUGCGCGAGGGCACCGGCCUUCUGCCUCGUCCCGGGUCGGCGCACAUCCUGCAGCAGCACCUCCCCGACAUCACGCUUGACGCUAAAUGGACGUCACUCCACUUCCCCGACAGGAAGGGAGAGACAGUCGAGGAGCUCCGGGUGCGCUGCGACGGCUUCGUCGAGACAUUCAUCCCGCUCGUGGAGGCGACAUACCCGGACGCCAAGGUCGUUCUCUUGAUGUGCCAUGCUGCGACUGUGAUUGGUAUCGGCCGGGCGGUGAGUGAAGGGAGCAAACCAGAUGCUGAUACCCAGCUCGUGGGUGACUGUGCCCGCGACAUUCGCUCUCCAACCGUCUCACUGUCAGAGUAUCGUCGCCGAGGCGGGAAGACUGUGCGGACCGCCAGCUGGCAGCAGUCAGAUCCGUACUCACGCAGCGAGGGCCCGAAGGUCGGCCGAGUGAUCGGACAGUGGGAGCACGUCGUGAACGCCGACACGUCGUUCCUUCCCAAUGGCGCCGAGGUGAACUGGAACUUUGGCCAUGUGCUGUACGAGGCAGACGGAAGCCUGGUCAAGCAAACCGGAGACGGCAGGACUUGGACCGAGGACGAUAUCUAUCCCGUCGGUCCUACCCACCCGACUGUUGGCACAAUCAAGUGAAUUCAGCCCAUCGUGUCCGCAUGAACCAAUGAUGUUGA